AACCUCUCACAACCUUGCUUCAUCGCACUCCUACACCGUCAAAAUGCUUCGCACCGCUCCUCGCAUGGCCGGGUUCGUGUUCCGUGAGAACCGUGUCCCUUACUACCAACGUCUCUUCCAGCAGCACGACGGCAAGCGCCAGUGGUGGAAGACCUCUCGUUCCGGUUGGGUCAUGUAUCCUUACCUCAUCUCCGUCUAUGGCAUGGGUGUUGCUUGCACCUACGCCAUGGGCCGUAUGGUCUUUGGCCACAAGACCUGGUUCGGCGAGAAAUAGAUUGACUUCUCUGUACUAUCGAGACUCCGUAUCGCCCAUACAGGCUGUCAUGAGCUGAAUGACGGUGUACCUCUAAAUCAUGAUGGGCUAGUUAAGUGGGAGACUAUCGAGGUUGUAUAUAAGCUAGAGUCCCAAUGUGAACCUUUUCCCAGUUUUA